CAGCAGCGAGAGAGCACAGAGGACAAGUGCCUGGCCGUGCUGAAGAUGCUGGUGAGCAAGGGAGAUCCUGAGGCGAAAUACACAGAAGUGGAAACUCUUGGCAAAGGGGGUUUCGGCACUGUGUGCAUGGCAGUGGAGUCUGCCACAGGAGAAGAGGUGGCCAUCAAGAAAAUUAGUCUCCUGCAAGAGAGCAGCAGUGAGCUGUGCCUGAAUGAAAUCCAGGUCAUGCGUGGCACUAAGAAUGCCAACCUUGUGAACUAUGUAGACAGGUGA